UUGAAUGGCAUGACUCUUGAAUAGGGACAAUGUAAAAAGAGUUGUAAAAAACCCUAGAUUUCGCCUUCCCAUUUGUGAAUUGCGCAAGUGAAUAGAUUAUUUGUGAUGGACAUGUAAAUGACACUCCCUCCCAUUGUCUAUAUCUCAUGGAACAAGUGUGGAAAGUAGACCUCUAAUCUCAGAUUGUUGGUAUACUGUGGUAACACAUCUUGUCUCUACUGUGCAACUCUCUUGAUAUAUUGGAUUUGAUUUCCUGGAAAAAAAUACAUAUCUGGCUUUGUUUUUCUGCCUAGAACAAUUUUUUGCUUUGUAUUUUAGAAAUCGCAGUAUACCAAAGUCUGCUUUACAGAGUAGGAGUUGAACAUUCCCCAGCUGUGGGCGCUGCAGACACCUCAAAGUUCAGAAGUGAAGUUGUGUAAACAUUUAACCAUAUGCAUUUUAUUUUCUCCCCCAUAUUGGACUAUCCUCUGUUAAACUUCUCUCUGUUAUUUGUGUGUGUGUGUGUAUGUGUGUGUGUGUGUGUGGUUUUUGUAGUGAAGAAGGCAAAAGCAGCCCCCUCGUUGAUGGCUGAAAGUGGUCCUCUGCCUGCCAACAGGGGAUUGUAGACAUAUGCAAAGGCCAGGAGCAUUCAAGCCCUACCCCUCUCUUUUUGUGUCCUCUAUUCUUUCUCUGCCUUCUCUUUCCUCUUUUCUUCUGCCUAAUUUGAUCCUUUCUAGGUGGUUUAGUUAAGAGUAUGAAGGUCAGAUACUGGGGGCAUAACCUGAAAGAAUGCUCAUCCUGCACUAUUUUGCCACACUCCAAAAACACUUCUUAGCCACUUCACUCGAUGGCUUAAGUAUUGUUUCUCAAAGAACAAGGCUAUCAAAGUCAUAAAUAUAUAAUGAAUACAUUUGAAAGGCAGUAAGUUAUUUUGGUCUGGUGGCCAUAGUUUAUUCAAAAAGACUGGGUGUUUAUUGAUUAAUUUAUAAUAAUUUGGGUAUUAACAAGGUGUACCUGAGUCAAUGAUUGGUUAUAAUAUAUAAUAGUCAUACUACAUCUCGUCUUAAGUUGUCUAAGAUGCCCACCCGACAUGACACAAUGUUGGUACAAUAUUCUCUUUAACAGUGGUUUUCUUUUGUUGUUGUGUUUUACAGUUCUUUUUCCUGGCUCAGCCAGUCCUGUAUACCAGGCCCUGCUGAAAAUACCAUCCAACAGUUUUGUCUCCUGCAGCAAUUUCUCUCUCCAGUGUGCUCUUUUAUUUACAUGUUGUCAUUGUUGUGUGUCCAAAUUUUGGUUAUGUCUUUUUGUGAAAGUUGUUUUUGGGGUUGGUUUUUCUAUGAGGUGAUUAUGAGGUCUUUAUUUAUUCAUUUUGGCCCAUUUAAAAAAAAAAUGAAAUCAGAGGAAAUUUUACAUAUAAAAAUACAGUUAUUCUUUUUUAUUUGACUGUGGUAGCACAAAUUAAUCAAACCAAUCAUCCUUUGCCUAGGUUUGGUUAAUUGAUGCAGUGACAGGUAAGGAUACUAGAAUAAUGAUGUACAGCAGACACGCUACCUACCCUGAACUCUGCUAUUGUCAUUUAGUAUUUUCCACUAUAUCCUCUGAUAUGUGUUUCUGGUAAGUAGACACUGAUGGCUUGUAUAGUGUUCUCGCCAAAUCCCUAAAUUUCUCUUUGUUUGUAUCUCGAUUUUUCUCUGUGUGCUUUUAGUAGCGAAGCCGCCAACGUGAGUCGCUUGUUUCAAUAAACGUCUAUAUGAAAAUUGAGGGCACACCCAACUGGAGAAGCAGCUGUGCUUGCUAACGUUUGGUUCAUGACUUAAAAAACACGUUCAGGCUCUAUUCCAGAUGAGGCGAAAGCUUUGUCACUGUUGGCGCCAGCAAAUGCUGUUGCAGGAAUUCUGCCAGGAGGAGGACUUCUUCCAACACCCAAUCCCAUCCCCAAUCCAUCUAUUGGAGUGAACCCCUUCGGUGGUCCAAACAUGGAUGCAAUGGCUGCAUUUGGAUUCCCAGGACCCUCCAUGAAUCCCCAGGCUGCUGAUCAGCUGCUAAAGCUCAUGACAGAUCCAAAACUGAAUCCCUUGGCUGCAGGAUUAAAUCUGAAUCCUGGCUUGAAGGCUGACACAUCUAACAAAGAAAUUGAAGAGGCCAUGAAGAGAGUUCGAGAGGCCCAGUCGCUCAUUUCUGCCGCUAUUGAACCUGGAAAUAAGGAGAGCAAAAAGAAGCGCUCCCGGUCCAGAUCCAGAAGAAGGAGGUCCAGAUCCCGUUCAAGACACAGGAGAACCAGGAGCAGAUCGAGGCGACGAUCGACCUCGAGAAGCAGGAGGCGCUCCAAAAGCCCACGCAGGAGACGGACCCACUCCAAAGAACGAAGCAGACGAUCGAAAAGCAGAUCCAGAGAUGGAAAGAAAGACGACUCAGGGAGAAGAAGAUCCAAAACGCCACCUAAAAGCUACAGCACCACCAGGAGGUCACGCAGUGUGAGCCGGAGACGCAAGAGAAGUCGCAGCAGCAGCCGAUCUCCUAAAAAGUCCCCAAAAAGGAGAAUUUCCAGGUCUCCAUCUCCUCGAAGGCACAAGAAGGAGAAGAAAAGGGACAAGGAAAAAGACCGGGACCGCAGGAGCGAUAAGGAGCGCGGUCGAGAUGAACCUGAGCGCUCCAUCAGCAAGAAAAGGAAAAGUAAAGACAAAGAACGAGAGCGGGAGAGGAAAUCGGAUGGAGAGAAAGGCGAUGUAAAGAUCACGAGGGACUACGAUGAAGAAGAACAAGGCUACGACAGCGAGAAGGACGGGGAGGACAGGAAGGAUUCAGACGACUCCGCUCUGUCGCCUCGGUCUGCAGAAGGUAACGGCACGGCACGGCACGGGAAGCACUCUAAAGUGAACGGCGCUGACGAUCGCCAUGAAGAAGACAUGGAUGUCAGCGACUGAGUGUGCCGUCCCGCUUAGUCCCACAUGAUCUGUUUCAUUUGUGAACGUGUUACGACUUUUUCACCCCCACUGGGGUUAAUCUGAAAUGUGAAAAGUGCGCUCAAUGGUUGUUGUUUUUUUCCCUGCACAGAAGAGCCAUCUCCUGCAGAAUUAUUAAGUCAUUUUUGCCUCGAGUUUUCCUGACAUAUUGUGUUCCUCUCAGUUUGUGGCGUUUCUUUCCAUUUGCCUUUACAAAUGUAAUCGGUUGAAGCCAGAAGUAGACUCGCUUUGCUUUUUUCUCUUGAGCUUGUGUUGUCAUUUCUUCACAUAUAUUGUAUCCUUACAUUUUUGUCGUGUAUUGUGACGUGUUGCUCAGGCCUCUUUCUCACCUUAUCGAAACAGUUAUUGCUUUUGCUUCUUCUUAUUUGAAAGUGUUGAUUGUUUUAUCAAGGAUUUCUUUUAUAUAAUAAACCAAUUUGGAGAAGCGAGA